GUGGUCCUGUACGUGGCUCAGUUCAUAAGAGCAUGGCACUAACAACAGCAGAGUUGUGGAUUCGAUUCCCACUGGGGACAAAUACCAAAAUGUGUGGACUUUUGUCACUUUGGAUAAAUGUCUAUGUAAAUAUUAUGGCUAUUACAGGUUCUGUAUUGGCUAAUACAAUUGUAGUAAAGCAGUGUGAAGUUUGGUGAAAAAGUGACUGAUUUUGUAUUAUAGUCAAAUGAAAAUGUGUUAACUGCCUCUGAUGAUCUGUUUUGAACUAAGAGUUGUGAAGAUUUACCACAUAGUUGUGAAAAUUGCACCAAAGCAAUUAAAAGAACUAACCGGUAAAAGUAACUACCAGAAUAUAUUUGACUGCCUACAGGCCCAGUUUGGAGAGGUGAGUGAGGCAGAUCUGAAGGCCAUCGACAGUCGCAUCUCUGACCUCAGCACACAGGUGCAGGCCAUCUCUCAGGGAUGCAGACAGCUGGACGCAGAGUUGAAGGAGCUCAACAGCUCCCUGACCACAGAGGAAAUGAUGUCAGAGAUCCAGGAGCUGAAAGCAGAGUGUUCUGGUUACAGGGAGCGUCUGGAGAAGAUCAAGUCAGCGACCAAUCAUGUCACACCAGAGCAGAAGGAGAUGGUUUACAAGGAGAGACAUCUCUACGUGAAAGAGUGGAAGAAGAGGAAGAGACUGGCAUCUGACAUGAUGGGUUCCAUUUUGGAGGGAUACCCCAAGACCAAGAAGCAAUUUCUGGAAGAAGUUGGUGUGGAGACUGAUGAGGACUGUAAAGUGACUAUGCCAAGUACCUGACAGAAUGUUGGAGAAUCUUUGUUUACUUUUGACUUGAAUGUCAAUUCCGAGGGAGUAUUAUGCCAUCAAAACUCAUUGCAGGAAUUACAAAUAGUAAUUAGUUAUGUUUUGUAAUAAAAUACCUUGUACAGGUGUAUACUUUAAAGUUUAUUUUGCAAUUAAAAAUCAUUCA